UUUAUUCUCUCUUAGAGCCGCUUCUCUUUAAGUUUCCAUUUGCCUAAGGUAAGCCCUAAGCUCGAGCAGCAACCAUGAAGUACAAUCCCAGGGUGUCCUCAUCCCGCCGCAAGAACCGGAAGGCGCACUUUAGCGCACCCUCAAGCGUGCGCCGUGUCCUUAUGAGCGCGCCGCUCUCGACUGACCUCCGCCAGAAGUACAACGUUCGUUCAAUGCCCGUACGUAAGGACGACGAGGUCCAGGUUGUCCGUGGUACCUACAAGGGUCGCGAGGGCAAAGUCGUACAAGUCUACAGGCGCAAAUGGGUGAUCCACAUCGAGCGCAUCACUCGCGAGAAAGUUAACGGGUCAACAGUGAACGUUGGAAUCAACCCUUCAAAGGUUGUUAUCACGAAACUCAGACUGGACAAGGACCGCAAGUCAUUGCUCGACCGCAAGGCCAAGGGUCGUGCUGCGGCUGACAAGGAGAAGGGAACCAAGUUCACCCCUGAAGAUAUUAUGCAGAGCGUUGACUGAUUAUGAUGUCUUUCGAGGAAGAGUUUGUCUUUUUUUGUUUACUAAAGCAUAGAUUUAUCUUUAUUUAGGAUGUUUUGUUUUUGGAACUGUUAUUAAGAUAUUUUAUGAUUAUGUCAUGUUUUGCGGUGGAUCUUGGGGCUUAUCUUAGAGAUUUAAGAGACCUCAUUGGGGAUUUUUGUCGUUGCUUUAAUUGUUCAAUGCUAUAUUUUGAAUUUCUUGCUAUAAUUUC